AUGGCAGAGCUGGUACUCCUGCCCACAUCCACAUAUCAGCCUCCUUCGCCCUCGCAGGGUCGAAGGCCAGGGAGGUUGCUUAAUACUAUAAUCGAGGAGGAGAACGAGGACGGCCAGCAAUGGCACCCGCUCCAGCAGCGCCAGAACCAACGACAACGCGACGGCCGCAAGCUUCAACCCCCCGCCAACGUUCAGAUCGAGGCCUGGCUCUCCCCCAUGAGCGACCACUUCCCCACGCCUAGGGGCUUUCACUUCAUGUCGGCCCCCAUCCUCCCAUCAUCUCCCUCCAACGACUCGGUCGAGGAGCCUCUGUCCCCGACGACCACCUCGAACCCGUGGAACAACCGAGCCAGCGUCAUGACAGACAUCACCGAGUUUGAUGACCUCUACGGCAUCAGCGACGCGCGAGAGAGCGCCACCACGGCAAGACUAGAAUAG